GGCAAUGAUACGUCCCGCCGUAAUGCAUGGUCCAUCUCCGUCGUGUUGUUAUCGAUCGCACACGCCUUUCUCAUAGACCCUAUCCAACCACUCUUCGAUGCGCUCACACAGCCACUAUGGCUUUUAAGAAGCCAACCCUCAACGACUGUUACGGACAUUACUUUAUUCCUAGCGAUUGGAUUGUACCACUACGGAAUCGAUGGAUUGAAGCCUCCACAAUGGGUACUGGAAACACGACUCAUGGAACUUCAGAUCUUUGCUUUCCUGAUACUACUAAUGAUCUUUGCUGGUCUAAUUGCCUGGAGAGGACAAGCUCAAGCAUUCAAAGUAAUCCCAGAGCAACAACAUGAAUCAACAGUUGAGCAGUUGAUACCGCCUUUGCUGCUGCCUGGACGCACUACACACUCGCGAAUGUUUCCCCAAAAGCAUUCUUUUGCGUACUCAUACUUUUCUGUUGGAGUGCCUGUCAACUUCAAGGGGCGUGCUGGGUCGAUGUUGUCUACCAACCUUGAGUUACUGCCCCCGAGUCAGAGAAGCAAAGGAUGGUUCAAUGUUAAUGCUGCGGACUAUCUGUAUAGAGGCGGAGAAGAGCGUGGACUUGAAGCCCGUCUAAGAUGCUAUCUUCGUGAAGAGGCCUGGUCGUUUGCCUAUCUCGUUACGGCACCCAAAUUCCUGGGCUACUCAUUCAAUCCAGUAUCGUUUUGGUACAUCUAUGACAGUUCGAAACACCUUGCCAUGAUGGUACUGGAAGUCAAUAAUACUUUUGGAGAACGUCGUUUGUAUCUUCUAAAGGCUGAGGAGAAGGCCACCAACGUCUCGGUCCCUGAUGGCUUUGAAGCACCUGCCAAAGCUACAAAGUUCACGAACGCAUGGAAUAAAGAUUUUCACGUCUCGCCAUUCAAUUCACGCAAAGGCACUUACUCGCUCACCGCAGCCGAUCCAGUCGCUGCUCUAAAGUCUGGCUCCAAAGUCCUGGACAAUACUGUCGUCCUUGACUCUUCACAGGCCCAUGCUAAACUUGUCGCACGAGUGUACUCGAACGGUGACCACAUGGAUCCAACAACCAUGAGUAACUCUCAAACUUUGAAGCUGCUGGUCUCCUGGUUCUGGGUCGGCUUCCUCACAUUUCCUCGAAUCAUCACACAAGCAUAUAAACUAUACUUCAAACGCAACCUCCACGUCUGGUUCCGACCUGAAGUUUUGGCUUCGAGUAUCGGUCGCACGCAUACCUCUUCGGAAGCCACUCUGGAAGCUUUCUUUCUUGCCUAUCUGAGCUAUUUAGUCGAGAAUGCGGCUGAGCCUGUGCGACUAACAUACAUACCAGCAGGUGGCUUGGGGACUCCCACCACAUUGACCUUCAAGCACCUGGCCAAAGAUCAAAAACCCAAGGAGCUAACAUUACGAAUCCUUACUCCAGCAUUCUACACGAGAUUUGCACAUUACUCGCAUACUACCAACGCCUUGCUCUACGAAAGCCUGCACAAUGACCCCAACAACCGCACUUGUAUUAUUGAGAACGCUGAACACUUAUAUCUGCUCCUCUCGCCUCUCAAACACACCACCACUGCCAAAUGCAGACGCGGCGUUCUAGAUCAAUUCCGCUGGCACUUCCUUCAAAACUUGCGCUCUGCACCUCCGGCCUCGGCAAACCCUGAUUCUACGACCGACGUCAAGGAUAGAGCAAGUGUACAGGAUACUCGCAAGUUGCCACUAUCGCAUUUGGACAACUUCAUUCUAUCUGAUCUUGACAAUGGAAAGUACGCUGAGAUGACAGCUCAGCAAUUGAUCAAGAACUUGCCUGCAACAUUCCCGUCCUGGUCUUCCAUCCAACUCCGACAUACGUAUAGGGAUACUGUGACCAAGGUCUUCAUUGCCGACACCUAUCUCUUUGGAUUUGAGGGCUUGAUAGACGUGUGUGAUUUGUUGGUCAGGAUGAUCUCGGUGGCGGUGUGGUUAAAGUUGUUCGCUGGUGAGAGAGUGGCAGACGCAGAUUCUAGAUGGAGGCUGUUCAGAUGGGUAGCAGUCAACGGGGUACACUUUUGGGAUUUUCUCAAGUGCAUU